AUGACAAAGUUCAAGCUGGCAAUGGUCCAGAUGGCAGUUGGAAUGUCCAAGUCAGAAAAUGUGGCCCACGCUGUGAAGCUGAUAUCGCAGGCUGCAAGUGCUGGUGCUAAUAUUGUUACGUUGCCAGAAUGUUUUAACUCUCCUUAUGGGACAAAGCACUUUCCAGAAUAUGCGGAGGAAAUCCCUGGCCCAUCAACUCAGGCACUGGCUGAAGCUGCCGAGGAAAACUCAGUAUUUGUAGUUGGGGGUUCCAUCCCUGAGAGAGACGGAGACCGGCUCUUCAACACCUGUACCGUGUUCGACCCCAGAGGGGAACUGGUCACCAAGCAUAGAAAGGUUCAUUUAUUCGACAUUGAUGUCCCGGGAAGGAUCACAUUUAAGGAAUCUGAGGUUUUAUCCCCUGGCAACAAGCUUACCAUUUUCCAAACACCGUACUGCUCUGUUGGGGUGGGCAUAUGCUACGACAUCCGCUUUGCUGAGAUGGCCCAAGUCUAUGCCAGUAAAGGCUGUUCCUUGCUGUUGUAUCCUGGUGCCUUCAACAUGACCACAGGUCCCGCUCACUGGGAACUCUUGCAACGAGCACGGGCCUUAGACAAUCAAGUCUUUGUGGCUACAGCCUCACCCGCCAGGGAUGCGUCUGCUGGCUACAUCGCUUGGGGACAUUCCUCAGUGGUCAAUCCCUGGGGCGAGGUGAUAGCAACCACAGAUGAGGCCGAGAGCAUCGUCUAUGCUAACAUCG